UGUGUGCUGCCGAGGGAUCCUGCGCACUGGAGCUGUGCCCUGCUUGGGCAGGCUGCGCGCACACAGCCCCAGCAGCCGCAGCCCGGGGCUCAGCUGCAGGCAGCGCAGCGGGCGAGUGGGGGCGGCUCCCCCGCAGCCAUGCGGCCCCCCCUGCCGCUGCUCCUGCCCCCGCUGCGGGCCGGCGGGCUGCGGGCAGAGGAGCGGAGCAGCAGCGCCAUGGAGGAGAUCGCCACGGAGCAGGAGGCGGAGGAGAGUCACCGGCAGGACAGCGUGAGCCUCCUGACCUUCAUCCUGCUGCUCACCCUCACCAUCCUCACCAUCUGGCUCUUCAAGCACCGCCGGGUGCGCUUCCUCCACGAGACCGGCCUGGCCAUGAUCUAUGGACUCAUUGUUGGUGUGAUCUUGAGAUAUGGUAGUCCCUCCUCCAGUGGCCAUGACAAGCCAUUCAGCUGCUCGCAGGAGGAUAGACCUUUUACAACACUGUUGGUCAAUGUCAGUGGAAAAUUUUUUGAGUAUACCCUUAAAGGAGAAAUAAGCCCUGGAAAAAUACAUAAUGUGGAACAGAAUGACAUGUUGCGAAAGGUAACAUUUGACCCAGAAGUUUUCUUCAACAUUCUGUUGCCUCCUAUUAUUUUCCAUGCUGGGUACAGUUUGAAGAAGAGACACUUUUUCAGGAACCUGGGGUCUAUUCUGGCUUAUGCUUUUUUGGGAACUGCAGUUUCUUGUUUUAUUAUUGGGAAUCUCAUGUAUGGUGUUGUGAAACUAAUGAAGUUGGUGGGGCAACUCUCUGAUAAAUUUUACUAUACAGACUGUCUCUUGUUUGGAGCGGUCAUAUCUGCUACUGAUCCAGUGACGGUGUUGGCAAUAUUUAAUGAGCUGCAUGCUGAUGUCGAUCUCUAUGCCCUUCUGUUUGGAGAGAGUGUUCUAAAUGAUGCUGUUGCCAUUGUCUUGUCUUCAUCAAUAGUUGCUUAUCAACCAUCGGGUGAAAAUACCCAUGCUUUUGAUGCUGCAGCAUUUUUCAAAUCAGUUGGAGUUUUUCUUGGAAUAUUUAGUGGUUCUUUCAUGAUGGGAGCAGUGACAGGGGUUGUGACAGCUCUGGUGACCAAGUUUACCAAACUGCACUGCUUCCCCCUGCUGGAGACAGCUCUCUUCUUCCUGAUGUCCUGGAGCACUUUCUUGUUAGCUGAAGCUUGUGGAUUUACAGGUGUGGUGGCGGUUCUCUUCUGUGGAAUUACACAGGCUCAUUAUACGUACAACAAUUUGUCAGUCGAGUCAAGGAGCCGAACGAAGCAGCUUUUUGAGGCACUGCACUUCCUGGCUGAAAACUUCAUAUUUUCAUACAUGGGUUUAGCCCUUUUUACUUUCCAGAAACACAUAUUCAGCCCAAUUUUCAUCAUUGGAGCUUUUAUAGCGAUCUUUUUGGGCAGAGCUGCACACAUCUAUCCUCUCUCUUUCUUCUUGAAUCUGGGUAGAAGGCACAAGAUCAGCUGGAACUUUCAGCACAUGAUGAUGUUUUCAGGUCUUAGGGGAGCUAUGGCAUUUGCUCUGGCCAUCCGAGACACUGCUACUUACUCCCAUCAAAUGAUGUUCUCAACAACUCUUCUUAUCGUCUUUUUCACUGUCUGGAUUAUUGGUGGAGGCACAACGCCCAUGUUGUCAUGGCUGAACAUUAGAGUUGGUGAUCAUGCUUCAUCGGUGGAAGAGAUAAAUGAAAGCCGCUGGCUGUACUUCAGAGUUGGAGUUGACCCAGAUCAGGAUCCCCCACCCAGCAAUGACAGCUUUCAAGUCUUACAAGGAGAUGGUCCAGAUUCUGAAAGGGGAAACCGGACAAAGCAGGAAAGUGCUUGGCUCUUCAGGCUAUGGUAUAGCUUUGAUCACAAUUACUUAAAGCCCAUUCUCACCCAUAGUGGCCCUCCACUAACUACAACCCUUCCAAGUUGCUGCGGACUACUAGCCCGUUGUUUGACUACUCCACAGGUUUAUGAUAAUCAGGAACAGCUUAGAGAGGAGGAUUCGGAUUUUAUUCUGAAUGACGGCGACCUCACUCUGACAUAUGGUGAUACAACAAUAACUGCUAAUGGCUCUUCUGGCUCCCGCACUGCUACCACUAGCCUCGAUGGCAGGAAAACAAAAAGCAAUUCAGAGGAAGCAUUGGAACGUGAUCUUGGAAUGGGAGAUAAUGAAGUUACAAGCAGGGGCACCCGACUAGUAUUUCCUUUGGAAGACAAUGCAUGACUACCGUCUCAAUAAAAAUACAGCUGUAACCCCAUGGACAGAUCAAGGAAGACUGCUGGCCACAGUAUCACUUGAGGUGGGAAUGCUUACUGAAUUGAACUAACAUGUCUGUUUAUAAGUGGUUUUACUAAGAUCUGAAGAAACCAACCUUGACUUUUUUUUUUUAAUUGAAGAUGCUGACUGUGGAUUUUUAAAUGUCUAAACUAGGGAAAUGAGAAAACUCAGUCAGUCUCUUCUCACAAAACUACAAACUGAAUCUAAGUAGAAUUAGCAUGCUGCAAUUCUCUCGUAUUCAGUGGUGGCACCUUUCUGGGAAGAGGUAUGUGAAAAUGUUACCUAGCAGAACCAAGCUAAUUCAGGAUGGAAGGAGUUCUAGCUUGGUUUGGAAAGGCAGGGAAACCCAUAGAAAAGUCUAGUUAUUCUGAGACUUAAAGGUAUGAAUAUGCAUGUCUGUUUGAUUUUUGGGAGGUCCAGUGUUAAAUUGCUUUCUAGAAAACUUGAAGCUUUGUAUAAGAGGGAACAGUAUGUACUAAGAGUACAGGUGCGUGAAUGCAACACUUUUCUGGGAUUUGUUACUAUGACCAGCUGCAAUGAUUUACUUCAGGAAAAAGGGAAAACGGCACAACUUCCUCAUUGGCAAUAUACAAUAGGUAUAGUUUAGAAUAAUUCAGUAUUUAAAUAGGGAAGCAGUGAGUGUUGUUUUUAGCCCCUUAGCUGUGGACAACUUGAGUAUCACUAUUAGUAUAUCUUCUAGCAUAUCACAGGAGAAAAAAAUCCAGCUUCUCUGUGUCCUAGACCUAAAUGUCUCAAACCCUUAACUAGUCUCUCUGAUAAAAAUACAACUGGUUCCCUCAGUAGGGUUGUUGAAAAAUCAGAUGAAGGAAGCCGAAGCCUGUUUUUGUGUGAGAGAUGGAGCAGACAGUAGUAUUACUUUCAGUGAGGCAAGGAAAUGGUAUUGAAUGUGUUAUGCAACCAAAAGGUUCCAUAUUGAGAUGGGAAGUAUCCCUGGAGUCUGCUUUGAUUGCCAGUUAGGUGUGAUGUUUUAAACUGCAAAUGUUUUCACUGAAAGAGGAUGGCAAUACUAUAAAUGUAGCCAAUGGUGAUUAUUACAUCUGAAGAAAUGUAUUUAUAUUAAUUCUCUUUUGUAGAGUAAUGUGAACGUGCAGUGAGGCAUUGCACAAUGUAUAAGCUGUGCAAGUGGCUUAUACUCUAUAGGCCCAUCUGAAAUGCGAAAAGGGAAAAUUGUCUUUGCUUAGUACUUGGCCCAUUUUCAUGUAGACUUGCUUUAACUUACUGCUGAAGGCUUUGUUAUUCCCAGAUCAGUAGAUAUUAGUGACCUCUGGCGUAUUAAAGCAAAUAGUUGAAAUCUAUUACCUCCUAAACAGAAGCUCAGUUACUGAAAGCAUGCUUUAAAAUGGUGUAAAGUUAUACUUUCAUGUCUCAAAAAGGUUUAGAAAAUGUUAUUUUUAAACUGGCAUUUUGUGGCCCACUAUUAAAAUGUACUGUAAUAGCAGUGUGCUUAAAACGUUCAUUUUUUUGUUAACGCUUUGGUUUGUUCCUUUCCCAUAAAAUUAUGUAUGAAUAAAAAUCCUUUCUUCUUUUUCCUUAA